GUUUGUGCUGAAAAUACUGCACAAAAUGAAUCUGUUCCAUACUUAUUAUUGCAUCUGGAGACGUUUAAGGUCCAGUCCUGUCAGGCGCUUAAGAUUAUGCAAGUUUCCCUGUUGAUCUGACUGCUAAAAAGCUGCUUAAAUAUUUUGCAUGAUUAGUGCUAUACAUGUGCAGAAAUAAUAGCAUCAAAAAAUGAUUUAUUUUAUGGGCUAUUAAUCCUGAGUAACUAUGGUACAAGUUUCUUGUUGAGCUGAGUUCCUGGGGUUUCCUUAAGAAUUCCCCUAUAGCAAAAAAGCUCAAAGGAUUUCGGCUAGAUCAUUUGCAGGAUUUGGGUCCGUGUGAUCAGAAUCUGACCACAUGGCAUGUGGUUAAAGGGCCUUAAAAACCCAUGUUUUCUAUGGCACCAUAAGACUUUGGAUCAGACCCAUAGAACCCAGAACUCAUAAAUCAUAUUACCCUAACUAGUCACGUUACUCCAGUUGUUAUGCUCUGUGCCUGUUAGUCAUAUUAGCAGUGAAGUUAUUUUAGCUCUACCAUGUCUUAGAGUUCCAAUGAUGAACUAGAGCUUUUCUAGACUAGGACACAAACUCUUCUUACCAGACCUGCAGCAGUGUUUUUUAAUGGCUUCAUAGCAUGCAGUUGAAAGAACACCUGCAUGAUCAAAAUAUAAAACCAUUAAGAAUAAUAAUGGAAACAAGAAAACUAGUUGAGAGAAAUGGGUUUUACAUGCAGUACUGAGGCACACCUGGGGACAUUAUGUGAUUUCAUAAAACUUUUCUUGAUAAAGUCAGCCAAUAAAUUUCUAAUGUAUUUCAGUUGCCUUUAUCAAGUUGAGAAACACGGAAGAUUUCCCAGCUUAGCACCUUCGCCUUCCACUUUCAAGACUUCUCUUUUUGACAUUGCUUUAAGAGCAGCCGGUGGCAAUGUCUGACUUUGUGAGUGCACUUGAUGCUAAGAUGAAAUCUGAAAUGGAGAACUCCUCUUCAAGGUAUUGACGAAGAUCCAGAAUGCUUCUGGAUGACGUCAACUUACUUCAGUUUACAGAUGAUGAGUACCAGUGGAAGGGGCCCUUCUAUUUCAUCCAAGGAGCAGAUCCUCAGUUUGGACUGAUAAAAGCUUGGGCAGUUGGAGACACUAAGAAUGGAGAUGAUGAAUGGGGAGAGGAAAUCAAAUUAGCAGAGCAAGCAGUGCAAGCCAUUAACAAACUAAGCCCUAAACCGAAGUUCUUUGUGUUGUGUGGAGACCUUAUCCAUGGAAUGCCAGGAACUCAAUGGAGAAAGGACCAAGAGCGAGAUUUAAAGAAUGUUCUGAAGAACACUGACCAGGACAUCCCAUUGGUAUUUGUCAGUGGAAAUCACGAUAUUGGCAAUACUCCAACACGAGAAACAAUAGAUAAUUACUGCAAGAACUGGGGAGAUGACUACUUCAGCUUUUGGGUUGGAGGCGUUCUCUUUCUGGUGCUGAAUUCUCAGUUAUACUUUGAUUCUUCCAAAUGCCCCGAGUUAAAGCAAGCCCAGGAUGUGUGGCUCAAUGAGCAACUGGCUGUCGCUGAAAAACAUAAAUGCAAGCAUAUAAUAGUAUUUCAACACAUCCCUCUGUUUCUGAGAAACCCUGAUGAAGACCAUGAUUAUUUCAACUUGGAAAAAUCAGUUCGUCAAGAGAUAAUGGAAAAGUUUCAUAAAGCAGGCAUUAAAGCUGUAUUUUCUGGACAUUACCACAGGAAUGCUGGAGGAUUCUACAGAGGACUGGAAAUGGUGGUUUCAUCAGCAAUAGGAUGUCAGCUGGGAGAAGAUAAGCAUGGGCUUCGAGUGGUCGUUGUCACAGAUGAAAAGAUUGUUCAUAAAUACUACAGUUUAGAUGAACUGGACAGUCAAGGCAUAGAGAAAGAGCUGCUUGAUAUGCUUGCUAAGCAAAAUUAGACUAUGCCAAAUUAUGUGAUUUUUUUUCUAUAUUAGACAAAUAGAAACAGUUUCAGAAAGUUUCCCUGAGCUGAGGAUACAGGUUUCUGAUGCUGCACCGUGCCCCAGAACAGCUCUCAACGUAUCUUCCUAAAUAACAAGUUGUUGACAUGUUUCUCUUUUGAAAAUUAGACCUGGGAGGAAUAUGGAAGAAUAGCAGAAUUAAUACAGUAAUAUAUCAUUGAAAAGAACUCUUCUAAGAAUUUUUACUUUGCUCCCAGAUAUGACUUUCCUGUUAGAGAGAAAGUGCAUCGAAGAGUGAGAGUUGCAGCAUUUAGAUAAACCUUCAACUUGAGUAUUUGAGAGGGUAUUUUAAAAUCAAUAGAUUUAGUCAUUUAUUUUACACACUCGACAAUAUAAGUGUCACAUUUUUUUACUCUAUAAAAACAAAUCUCAAAAACUCUGAAAUCAACUGACUCCCGCUGACUUUUAGCAACCUGGGGAUCAGAUCUUGUUACCUACAGGCUGUAUUUUCCCCCAUUUCCCACACUUUAUUUUCUUAGCUCUUCAGAGCCAGCAGCAAUAAGAGAGCAAACACGUUCUGGUUUGCAGUCACAGCCUGGGUUUCUGUUACAUCCUAGCUUUAUAUAAUGAAAAGACUAUAACUGAAGCUACUAUAGAUGCCACUGACAGAAACUAAACAUGGAACAAUUAUUUUCCUUUUGAAAUUUAACUACCAUUCAAUUAGCAUAUAUUCUUGCUUAUAGCUUCAGCAGUUGGAAUAAUUUCAUUGGGACAAUAUUCUGUACAAACGCAAUUUAAGAGUGCCUUACUGCAACAUGAUACAAAACUGAAUGUUGGAAACCCUAAAAAGUAGUUUCUUCACUGGAGUAAGUCUUUAAAAAUAAAUGAUUUAAAAAGAAAUUUAUGUGCUGCAAUCCACCUAUUUUUUGGGGGGGCAAGCAUAACUGAUUUACUGUUAAAUACAGAAAUAAAAAAACUUCAUGUAAUUAACGCAUCCCUGGUUUUAUUUAGUUGAACACAUUAUAACCCAUGCCACAGGUUAUCUAGAAAUAGUUAGCGCAGCUUUAGCACCUGAAGAGGGAAGAACAGAAGCAAUACUGGCUGAAAAACUAAUGCAUUCUAUCCGGUUUUAUGUAUAAGCACUUCCAACAUUGUUCCCUAGAGGAUAUUACAGAUAUUUAAAUAUGGUGAGAGACACGAAAUGCUGUGCUGAAGCGUUGGUUUCAUUACAUUUUAGUCACAACAGUUUAUCUAGGAGGCUCCUUCAAGCUUGAUUUGUGGGACUCAUGAGAUUCUAAAAUUACCUCUGUUGCAUUUCCAUGCACCAGUGAAACAGCUGCACCUGCAGAUGGACAGGACCAAAUGUGGACAACCGUCCCAUGACAAUAACCUAAGUGUAGGUAAUGUUUGAUUCAGAAAGAAAGAAAAUGAUUUUGUUGUUAUUCUCUGCCUGGUUUCGCUUAGCUGAACAUUUUCACAGUCUUGUUUUCAAGGGAACAUCGGGGAACUAAAAUCUAAGGCUAGAUGACUUUGAAACAGGUAGGUACCGAGGUACCCAAAUGGCAGUUUCACUGGACGUUAAGCACCCAUUAGUUCAGAUACUGGUUUUAAAAAUCUGUGUACUCAGGUAUCUUUUAAGCUACUGACUAGUUUUAAAAUUUGGUCUUAAAUAGCUGGGAGCUAUUUAGUAAUCACAGUUAAUUAACAAUUUCAAGAAUGAGAUUUUUUUUUUUAUGUUCUGCACAAGGAAGAAUAGUCUCUCUCUGACUUAAAUCUCUUAAGUUAGUUUAAAUCAUCAGGCUGAAGAAGUUCAGCAGAGGGACCUGAGCUGAUCUGAGUACAGAAUAUUCUCUCUGCUCCAGCACAAUAUUAUAAAGCCCAAUGGAGAAGUUCAAACAGUUUUUUCAAUAUUUCUGUUUAUUAAAGGCUACAGUUUUAACUAAAUAUAUUGAGCUUGAGAGACUGAAGGAUAACUUUGGGACAAUGUCUUUUGACAGAUAAGAAAAUUAUGGUAUAUUGUAUGCUAAAAUUUUAAUUUUCAGUGUUGCAGUGUACUAAUAUACAAAGUAGAUGUUUAUAUAGCAUAAUUUUAAUUGUUAUUUUUAAAUUCUAUUUUUUCACUUUUUUCAACUGUCAUUUCAACAUAAGAGUUGCAUUUUGUCACGAAAACAUCACUUAAAUACAAAGCAGAAGUUCAAUGAAAAAAAUAAAGGUUUCUUUAUAUCCCAAACUCUUCCUUUGUUUAGUGACUUCUAAGAAUAUCAUGUUAUGCUGAUGACCACGUUAGCUGGAAUGAGGGCCUCUGUAGUACUUUGACCUUUUGGAGCCCAUGCCUUAAUGCAGCACUAGCCCAAAAUAGGGAGGGGUGUUCAGCAUUUCAAUUAUUGUUCCUUUUGCCAGUGCUGUAGUUUGACAAGUGCAGCCUAAAUUAAUGCAAGAUAGUGGGAAAAUAAAUAAAAUCUAUUCUUUCCCUUGCAA